AUGGUUGAUCCUAUAUUUGAUUACCAAUUUAGGCUUAUCCUAAUUGGAGAUAGCACUGUGGGCAAGAGUUCGCUGUUGAAAUAUUUUACAGAUGGGAAAUUCGCUGAGCUGUCGGACCCUACGGUAGGAGUGGAUUUCUUUGCGAGGAUUAUAGAAGUGCAAGAUGGAACGAGAAUUAAAUUACAACUGUGGGACACGGCCGGACAGGAGAGAUUUAGAUCUAUAACGAAGUCGUACUACAGAAAUUCAGUUGGUGCUUUACUAGUGUACGAUGUGUGUAACAGAUCGAGUUUUGAACACAUACCUCUUUGGAUGAUGGAAGCCAAAAGACACAUUGAGCCACACCGGCCAGUGUUUGCCCUGGUUGGGUGUAAGAUCGACCUGGCUGGUUCAGACAGCAAAAAUGGUGCAAGAAGACAGGUAACAUUAGAAGAGGCACAACAGUUUGCUGAACAGAAUGGUUUACAUCAACUAGAAACAUCAGCUAAGACUGGCUUCAACGUCGAAAACGCAUUCCUGAUUGUUGCUCAAGACGUUUACAACCGCAUCCAGUCAGGCGAAUACAAAGUUGAAGAUGGAUGGGACGGCAUCAAGACAGGCUUCAACCGCCCCAACGGUAUGGACUUCAACCUUCUUGAAGCAGAAACGGUGCAGUCCACAUGUUGUUAGGACACAACUGUAUAUAUUUAACUCACAAUAGUUUAGUAACAUACAAUGUGUAAGCAUAAUUUUAUAUAUUACGAAGUAGAUAGAGUCUGCGUUAUAGAUCAUAUUUAAUUUUGUGGUCAAACUUUUACUUAUAAACAUUAUUUUUUUUGUUUUGGUGAUUGAUAUUUUUUUGUGAAUUUAACAGUAGGUUAAUAAUGUUCUCUUUGGGCCUGGUCCAGUGUAGCUGGUAUUAAAAACACUAGAAAAUAAUUACUAAAUUGAUAGUGUAGUCAUUAAACCCUUUCGCAGAAUAACAUCAAGAUUUGAAACACACAACCUUCACUAUGUUCACUCAAAAGUUAAAGUCCUAUAGUUAGGCAAAAAAUAAAUUAAUUAUAGGUGUGACAUAACUUAAGUACAAUUCUUUAUAAAUAACAGAAAAUAUAAGAAAAAUAUUACAACCUCUCCGUAGGUAUAGAUCUAAAAUUAAAAAGUUUGAGUACAUAGAUUUACAGUAGAAAACUGAUAUUAUAAAAUUUUAAUUUGUAUACACAUCAUUCCAUUUUUAAAUACAGAUUUGAAUAAUAAUGUUUAUAAGAAAAUGUUAUUAGCACUCUCUUAAAAAUUAUAUUCAAUAAAACAUCUACACAAACUACCUUUACAGAAUGGCAACAAGCUAUAAAUUACAUUGAAAAAAUAUAUUUGCAUUGCAAAUACAAUAUUAUUCGUAUGAACAGGUUUCAUUUAUGGUAAUACUAGACAUGUCAUGUGCAAAUGUCUACAUUUAUCAAAAAUGUAUUAACUUGAUACUUUUUGCAAAGAUCCACUUAAUUAAUAAAAUAAUAAAUAAAUCGUGACGUCAAUGGUUUGAAAAACUUGCAAUGCAAAUGUACAAAAAUUAAAGAAACCCUAUAACUUAAAGAAUUAUGUUUACAAGGCGCUGUAAAUAUUGUAAAAAAUAAUAGCCGUUAAUAUUUUAGAUCCAAAUGCCACAUGAAAAAAUGUUAACAUUUUUUGGGUAACAAUUCAAUUCGAAGCGCAAAUAGAAAAAUGGUUAAAAAAAUUGCGGGAUUUUAAAUAAAACAUGAUGAAACAACUGGUCUUGGUCAAAUUGUUAUUAUCACUAGCUACUUAAAAUAGGUGCAAGGCAUUUGGACUACUUGGUACACAUGAAAAUUGAACCAAAGAAAUCGAAAUGAUCCCUACGAUUUUUGUUUUGUUUUUGUUUUCAAACUGUAUAGUUUUACUCUUAUUAUAAUUGACUAACGUUACUAACUAUAAGUUAAAAAUAUUGUACCUGCAAAACAAUGUAUAAUCAUUAAGACAAAUAUGUAUCUAUGUAUGGAAAAUAGUCCAAUAUGGGUACAUUUGACCAUCCUUACGUUAAAAGAAAGUCGAAAGACUUUUUGAGCAUAAAGUAAUGGUAACCUUGCAAAGGUUUGCUUUGUCUUAUCAGCAUAUAGUAAUUAUUUCAGCAGAUAUACAAAGAUAAACUCUAACUAAAUUUCAAAAUAUAAGAAUAGGCCACUGCAGGCUAGUUGUAUCUAGGUAUCCUGUUAAAUAAUUUUGCCGUCCAUUAGCACGGACAAAUGGAAUACGCGUGAAUUUGUUUUGUAUAAUAUUGUGAAAUGUGUGCACAUUGGUUGGAAUGCGACCUAGUUAUAAGACUGAAUGCUCCUUUUUAGUCUGUGACGUUUCUCCAUUUUCUCUAAAGCAAGGUUCGCGCCAAUGUGAAUGCACCAUAGUUCACCAAACUUACUCCCAAUAAAAGUGUUGAAAAUUAGGUACCUAGGUACUUUACAACAAUAGAAUUAAUGUUAUAAUGUAAGUUCUGAACUAAAGUUGUUAAUGAUCUUCAUACACCUAGAGGUUUUCAAAUAAUGGAAUAGGGUACUGAAUAAUCAAAAUUAGAUAAAAAAAAUACUGUGACGCAACAGUUUGUAUUUAAUCAACUUUCGCUCAGCACAACACUUUCUGGCUCAAAUUCUGUGCAAACCUAAAACACACUUUUGUUUUACAAUUCUCAAAGUAAUGGUAUAGGAAACAGACAUCUUAGUAUACAUUCUUGACAUUCUAAAUCGGCACUGCGUAAUACGGUCUAAAGUAUCACAUGUUGUAAUACUUACCGGUGAAUAAAAUUGUAUAAUUUUGAAUAAAUUUAAGGUUAUCGCAUAAGACUAAAAGAUAACAAACAUUUAAAAUUUAGGAAAGUUUGUACACUGUCUGGCAAUCUUUAUGAUUGUCAAUACGAAAAUGUAAUUUUGGACAGAUGAUUUAACGUGUUAUUUUUUAAUCUUAUGUCAGUUUUACUGGAGUAGCUCAUAAUGAUAAUUAUGCUGUUAUAUUAAUGCUUUAAAUGAAAUAAAGUUUUUUUUGU